UUUUAACAAUAACACAGAUUUGAAUAGUAAACUUUUUUUCAAUAAGGCCAGUCUUAUUUGACGGCACCCACCCAGUUAAAGUAUCUAAAAAAUCCAAAACUCACUGCCCCUACAUUAUUACACCAUUAUUUUACUUAUAUAUGGGGCAAAGUAUGAGGAGAGUCCUCAACCAAACGCAAAUCAAAAUUAGACACAAGAACAAAAAAAAAAAUAAUAAUAAAGAAUGUUGAAAUUUGUGAUAUUUCCAGUGUUGAGCAUUAUAGGAGUUUUGGCAUGGCAAUUCAUCAACUGGGCUUGGGUGAGGCCGAAAAGGAUCGAGAGGCUAUUCAGAAAACAGGGCAUGAAAGGCACUACAUACAAGCCUUUGUUAGGAGACAUGAAAGGAGUUGAUGAACUCUACAAGAAGGCUUUCUCCAAACCCAUUGACUUUGGUGAUGAUAUCGUGCCUCGUCUCAUGCCCAACAUUCUCGACACCGUCAACAAAUACGGAAAUUUUUCAUUCAAUUGGAUGGGGCCUAGACCGCGGGUUUACAUAACAGAGCCUAGUGUGUUUAGAGAGCUAAUGAUCAAUUAUCGCAAAUAUAAGAAGCCAUUUAAAGCUAAUAAUCCAAUUGCUAAGAUGCUAAUUAGCAAAGGGCUUGCUAACAUGGAAGGCGACGAAUGGUUCAAAUCCCGGUCUCAGCUCAACCCGGCUUUUCACACCACCAAUUUGAAGCCACUGGUGCCUAAGGUGCAAGUAUGUUGUGAGAACGUCCUAAAUGAAUGGCAGAAGAUUACGUCAGCAGGCGGUGGGUCUAACGUGAUAGACGUGAAAGAGCAUUUGGACAUUUACACAAGUUCAGUUUUGGCACAGUUGAUGUUCAACUCUCCAUACACAGGUCAGGUUAAAGAAACUUUCUUCAAACUCGUCGAGUUGGAAGGUUUAGGCAGACUCUCCGUUGAUCUCUUGAAUCUACCUGGACAAAAGUACUUUCCUACCAAGAAGAACAUAGAGGCUCACAAAGUGAAUCGAUUCAUAGAAGACUCUUUCACGUCUAUGAUUAAUGAAAGGCUCGAAAAGAUGAGGAGAGGAGAACGAGACACGACUUCCAAGAAUCAGGACUUGUUGGAAAUAUUCAUGGAGGACUUAUACAACGACGAGCAAACCAAAGGCGGUGGGAAUCGCCAGAAAAUGAUAGAGGACAUCAUCGGACAAUGCAAGAUAUUUUUCUUCGCCGGUUUCGAGACCUCUUCCAAUACAACAUGUUGGACCAUGAUCAAUCUCGCAGUUCACAAAGACUGGCAAAAUCGAGCUCGGGAAGAGGUCAUGAGGGUGAUCGGAGACAAAAAAGAGAUUUCUGCUGAUGACUUGAGUCAACUUAAAGUCAUAACAAUGAUCAUGAAUGAGGUGCUGCGACUAUACCCAUCUAGUAUGGAGUUAUCGAGGCUUAUAGUGGAUGAUUCAAAGAUAGGAGAGUACAAGAUACCCAAAGGCACUCUCAUGACAUACCCCAUUCUACUAUUAAAUAGGAGUACCAAGUUGUGGGGAAAUGAUGCCAACGAGUUCAAGCCCGAGAGGUUUGCGGAUGGAGUUGCCAUGGCAACCAAGAAGUAUGGGUUGGGCCAGUUCAUGCCAUUUGGGUCCGGGCCCAGAAUUUGCAUUGGUCAAAAUAUGUCUGUGAUCGAGCUGAAAGUGUUCAUUGCUUUGCUUCUGAGGAAAUUCUCUAUAGAUCUUUCCCCAAGUUAUAAGCAUGGACCCAAGGUUGACUUCACCAUCCACCCACAGUAUGGUGCCCCUCUCAUCCUCACAGAGCUCUAAUCUAUAGUAAAUUCAUCAUAUGUAUGUGAAAUUGCAGUAUGUUUUAUUAUAUAUAUAUGUGUAAUGUUGUUGUCACAUUUGAAUUUGGUCAUGAGACAACUCUAGCUACUAAAAUGUAUGAGCAAUGUGUUUUAAUGUUGUGGGUGUUUGUAUUGGAUCCACAUUCUGUACCAGCUUGUGUGGACCUUAGAAUAAUGAGCAUGUAUGGUUGUUUUUUAUAAGUUUUCCUAAUUAAUUAUGUCUUGUGGAUGAUGAUAACAACCAUCUUCUCAUUAAUAUAAUCGUGGUGUCGCCUCUCUUUUUGUUUUUCGGCAAAUUGUGUUAUUUUUAAGAAAUUGAUGAAUCUCCCGAG